AUGCUGAAGAUGAUGAUGCGGAAUAUAGCUGCUGCUUCUUUUUAUUGCAACAGUCGGAGAUGGAGAGGUAUGCCUUGUCUUCACUCUAACUCUACUCUUGUUGUUUUGGACAACAAUUACUUUGCUUUCUUUCACUCUCAACCUUCGAAACAAAUCAAAUCUACAAGAACCCAACUAGACCAGCCAGGGAGAGACUCACCCAAAAUCACAAAUGUUGAGGAUGCUUUCAAUGUGUUUGAUAGAAUGCUCCAAAUGCGUCCUCGGCCUUCAGUUGUUCGUUUCAAUCAAAUAUUGGGUCAAGUUGCAAAAUUGAAACAUUACUCGGCCAUCAUCUCCUUGUAUAACCAAAUGGGUGUGUCGAGAAUUGGACAUGAUGUUUAUAACCUAACCAUUGUCAUUAAUUGUUAUUGUCAUUUGAACCAAAUGGGUUUUAGUUUAUCUGCCUGGGGAAAAAUCUUCAAAGUUGGUCUUGAACCAAAUGUCAUUACUUUCAACACUUUAAUCAGCGGCUAUCUUCUCGAGAAUAGAGCUGCGGAGGCGGCAGGAAUUUUCAACAAAAUGAUUGCAGGAGAUAAUUGUCAGCCUAAUGUGGUUACUUAUGGCACACUAGUAAAGGGCUUUUGCAUGAGGGGUAACAACCGUGCAGCUAUUCAAUUGCUUAGGAAGAUGGAGGAAGGGAUUUGCAAGCCUGACCUAGUUGUCUAUAACACAAUCAUCGACAGUCUUUGUAAGGAUACACUAGUUGAUGAUGCAUUAAACCUCUUCUCAGAAAUGAUGUGCAAGGCUAUUGCCCCAAAUGUCAUUACCUAUACAUCCUUGAUUAAUGGAGUUUGCAAAUUAGGAGAGUGGAAAGAAGCUACAAGGUUGUUGAAUGAAAUGGUGAGUAAAAAUAUCUUUCCAAAUGUGUUCAUGUUCAGCGUCUUGGUAGACACACUUUGUAAGGAGGGAAUGGUUGUAGAAGCAAAAGGCGUGGUUGUGAUGAUGAUUCAAAGAGAUAUUGAUCCUAAUGCAGUUACGUACACUUCACUCAUGGAUGGUUACUGUUUGCGAGGAGAAAUAGGCAAGGCACAAAAUGUUUUUGAACUAACGUUUAGCAAGGGCUCGAUGGUUAAUGUUGUUAGUUACAACACGUUGAUAAAUGGAUACUGUAAGCUUAAAAAAAUAGAUGAGGCCAUGAUGCAUUUUCUGGAUAUGUCUCAUAAGGGACUAGUUGCAAAUACCUUUACCUAUAACACUCUUUUGGAUGGUUUUGGCAAAGUAGGUCGAAUACAGGAUGCACAAAAGUUGUUCUCUGAGAUGCAAGCUUGUGGCCAACUUCCAAAUUUUCGAACUUAUUCUAUUUUACUGGAUGGCCUGUGUAAAAACCAACAACUUUCUAGGGCAAUGCAAUUGUUUGGAGAGAUAGAAGCAAAGAAGUUGGAUAUUAAUAUUGUGAUUUACAAUAUUCUUAUUGAAGGUUUGUGCAUAGCUGGAAAAAUUGAAUCUGCAAGGGAUCUCUUUUGUGGUUUAUCAUCAAAAGGACUUCGACCUGAUGUGAGGACAUACGAUAUAAUGAUUAAUGGACUCUGUAUUGCAGGCCUAACAAGUGAAGCAGAAAAGUUUCUUAUCCAAAUGGAGGAGAAAGGCUGUCCUCCUGAUGGUUGCACCUAUAACACAAUUAUCCGAGGGUUCAUCCAUAAUAAACAGACAUCAAUGGCGAUGGUACUUAUUCAAACAAUGGUAGAGAAGGGUUUUUCUGCAGAUGCAUCAACAACGGAGUUUAUAGUUAAUUUACUGUCGAAGGAUUGCCUUUGAUAAAAAAAUCACUGUGAAAUUAAUAUGCAUUUGUGGACAAUGAAAUUUGGAACUGCUGCACCUUCAACGAGAAUUAAUACCAGAAAUUAAGGAUGCAAGUGAGAAGGCAUGUUCACCUCCUGCCACACGCACAACCACUGUAAUUUUCCCUUUCUCUAUGAUGAUUUAUUUACUUUGUAUUCCUAUCACUUAGCAUCUUGCAGUAUAUAGAAGGCCAAAUAUAUAAAUUUUAGCUGUGCCUUCUCACGACUCUCCUAGCUUGAAAUGUUUCUACAGAUAAUUGUCUACUGUUUCGAGUAUCAGAAACCUUGACAAAACAUAGACCAUUAUAGGUUAAGUCAAUUGACAUUGACUUCAAAAUUAGUUAUCUA